GAGCUCGUAACCAGCCGCUGGUGCAGCUCCAGAGGAAGUCGCUCCAGCUGCCGUCCAGCUCCAACUACACGGCGCUGUCCGCUGCCAUGACCACGGCCAGGAGUCAGUACGAGAUCGGUGGUUUCCCGUUUCUCUUGGGCCAAGAGACCAACAGCUCAGGUGCAGAAACCGGGUGGACAGACUUGACGGCCGUGGCGGUCGUCAGCAUCCAGCUGUUCGACAAAGAUGGCGCCGCAAUCCAGGUCUCGGAUCCGAUCCACAUCUCCGUGCCGCUGCCGUCCGACACCCGCAACAGGAUGGCCAUGAGCGUCCCUGCUUGGAUGUAUCAGCCUAAGACGGGACUGUGGGUUCGGAACGGGACGGGCUACAUCCAGAAGGACGGAGCUCAGUUGGUGUGGAACGUGGUGGUUCCUCAGAUGGGAUACUGGCUGGCUGCCUUCCCGUCCUCCUCAGGACUGGGUCUGUCUCACCCGGGCCUGAGGGACAUCACCACCUACCACACCCUGUUCCUGCUCUCCAUCCUGGCCUCGUUGGCCCUGCUGGUGCUCAUCCUGCUCUGUGUGCUGCUCUACUACUGCAGGCGGAAGUGUUUGAAACCUCGUCGACAGCAGGGUAAACCCCACACUACCAAUCUAAAUGGUGCCAAGAGAGACCAGGGUACAUCCACCUCACGCCUAAAUCUGAUCUGCGGUGGCCAUGCGGAGUCUGGACCGUCCAAUGACAAAUCUGACUUGUCCCCAUCAAGAAACUGCCAGAGUUCCAGGGAGGAUCUCACCAAACAUGUUCCCGCUCACAUGCUGCGACACGCCAAGGGAAAAAACGCUUCAGGUGCCCAACGAGGGGAAAGCUUCCCCAUGAAGGUUACACGUGCCACAGAGACCAACAACCUGGACAACCCUUUGCUGCAUGAAGACUACAACAGGAGCUACAGCCCCAUGGAGGGCAAAGAGUCCGAAUAUCACCGACACCACAAUGCCAAUGACAAUCGAGGGUACGCCUCUGAUCCCCCGUCUCCGCCUCGCUUCCAAGGCUACGUGCCAAGUCAGUCCGACAAACCCCCGGAGUAUUCGGCAUCAGCAGCCGACAGCCUUGCCAGACCCACCUCCCUCAACACUCAGCCAGGUCAAAUCAUCUUCUGCAGCUCCAUCGACCAGAUGAAGGAGAACAUGUACCGCAGUAUGGUGCCAACCCUGGUCAUUCCUGCGCACUACAUGCGCCUGCCCUCUGAGUUCUCUGGUAAAGACGGGAAGGACCAGAAGGAGCAAGACAGCGACGGUGCACAGAUGGGAGGAGGCCAGCAGCAUCAUCACCACCACUCCCAGAAACAAGGCCAGCAGCAACAGCAGCAAAGCGGAUCCCAGGGAGACGACUCUGAGGAGCCAAGCUGGGCCUCCGACUCCUCCGGCGGACCGGUGACCAUCCCUGUGCUCUUCAACGACUCCACGAUGGCUCAGAUGAACGGAGAAUUGCAGGCGCUGACUGAGAAGAAGCUACUGGAACUGGGUGUCAAGCAGCACCCACGGGCGUGGUUCAUCUCCCUGGAUGGACGAGCCAACGCUCAUGUGCGCCACUCCUACAUCGAUGCUGGGAAUGACCUCAGCGGCGGUGGAUUUGGAGGUGGCUCCGGCAGCACUCAGCGAGACAUCAACCUUGAACCAUCUCUAGACGAUCGAAAAUCCGCACUGAACCGGAAGGGAAAAGAUGAGCGCUGGGGAACCGGAGGGCGGAAGGGCCACGGAGUGAGCAGCACCGGUAAGAAGAGUUACUCCAAGCUGGCCUACCCCGACAUCAGCGAGCCCAGCAGCAGCGAGGGACGCCCUGUCUCCCCCGAGGAGAACUCCCUCACCCCUCUUCUGGACGAAGGUCCGUCCUCUCGAGGAUCCACCAUCCCCAGGAGAGGACGCAGCCGUGUGAACAGCGGCCGCAGCAGCAACAGCGAGAACCGCCGCGACUCCAUGACGAGCCCCGAGGACGACCCCGACGACAAAGACGAGAACAAGAAGAGCCCCUGGCAGAAGAUUGAAGACAGGCCUCUCAUGGUCUUCCACCCGAGGAAGUGAACCCACGAAACACUGGACCUUUAAUAGUCUUUUGAAAGACAGUGACGUUUUCACCGAGAGAAAUCACAAUAAGCACAACCGAGCUUCACUGGUCUGUUUUCAGGUUGUGGUUUGACCUCUGUGUUUGUGGGGAGGUGAGAGCGCCUCCUGAUUACAAUCGUUGUCUCACUGUCAGUUAAUCCCACUGGUCCCCACUGAGAUGUGGACUGAAAUCUAAAGUUUGAUCCCGUCACCGCGUCACAUCACUGAACCGUCGUCUGAGCCAUCGCAUUUACUGACUGUGGAAAUAGCCAUUUUAUAGAGCAGCAUAUAAGAAUAAAGCACUUACAAAUAAUUUGAGAAUUGUUUGAUUGGUAUUUACAAAGUGUUUUCGAAGAUGAUGAGGUUUUUAUAGGAUUGGUGGGUAGUUCGAUUUCCUUGCCUCAUAUUGACGGUAGAAGUUGUGAGUCUGUCUUUUCUUGACUACUCCUCCGUCGAAAAUUGUAACUAGGGUAGGUUUUCUUUAGAGGACCCCCCCCCCCCCAAGUCUAAAUAGGUGUUUAACCUAUCAAAAUAAAUGUGUUGUUUUUUCUUUCUAUCUUGAGCCGCUGUGAACGAAUAACGCAAACGUGCGAUUUGCAUUUUUCGCUCCUCAACUUCCUCCUGUACUGUGUUCAUGUGUCGUAUUUACCUACUCAGAUAGUAAUGAUUUGAAAUGUUCAGCAUCAUCUUCAAGUCCCUCUUUCAUCUUUCCCGUCAGUUUAUCUACAACUCUGCCAAAAGUUUCUGCCUUUCUCCUGUUGUUAGAAUUUUUCUUGCGAUAUCUUUUGUGUAAAUAGUUUCCCAGACAUUUGGAAGAACCGUUCAGUUUGGAAAAGUUGCAUGCAUAUGAAUGUAUGAACUAAUCAAAAGCCCCCCCCCCCACACCACGGUUCUUCGGGCACUUGCGUAGACGACCCCUAAUUGCCAAGAAACGCCACCUGAAACGGACGUGGCGCAGCUAAAACAUCGUUUUACUUGAAGAAUGAUCGACUUAAUAAUAUUCUGCUGAGAUCCACAGGGGUUGUGUGCAGACAGGGCCUGCACCACUUCUCUCCUGUAAGUGCCUUCUUUCACAUAGGAUCGAGUGAUAGGCUUGCAGGCCCCUUUCUAAAAUGCAGUGAGUCGUCGUCACCUAACUACGCUAACUACGCUGUGACUAAUAAUAAGCACACUGCACUGCAUUGUGGUACUAACAACAACACUCGUCACUCUGGGGAGCAUGCCUGCCAAAAACGGCGACUUUUCCUGCGGCUCUUACAUCCUCGGAUAUCUUAAUUUCUUAUAUCUAUCCUCUUUUUCACCAAACUUGUAAAUGGUAUGAUGAACUUUAUGAGAUUUUAUGUGUAUACAGUACCAUGUGCAUGUAACAUGUAGAAUAGGGUGUUUUUAAUGAAACCUUUUUUGAAGACGUUCGGCACAAAGUGUGAUGCGUUGAAUCGUUGCCACAUUAACAGAUGUACACUUGACUUUUGUCCCUUAAUCCAGUUCUCCUAUAAUUCACUUCCGGUCGUAAAUGUUUACAACAAUAACACACUGACCAACACACGCUCCCGCUGUUAACGAGCAUCACCACCGCCGGCGAUGCAGCGACAACUGUGAACUUACUCUUGUCAUCAUUUGUAGAAGCUCACGAGAGGUUUGUGUUCCGUUGCAGAGUUUGAUUAUGAAGUGAUUAUCUGAAGGUUGUGUUAAAUUCACGCUGAGACUUCUUGUCACCACUCGCUUGCUGUUCAUAAGCCUGUGUCAGUCCCCUACAGUACAAACAUGUGACGUGAGUCUGGAGAAAAAGACGAAUCCUACUGAAGUGUCGUGUCCUCUGCUGUAAAUUUCUCUGGACCACAUGUGGAAUUAAUAUGAGUUGUGCAAUCGUGGCUUUCCUCGCUAUUGUUUCUGUUUGGCAUGAGAGGUUUGUGUGUUUCUCAGUAGACUUUGUGAACUUGUGUUUGGACAGUUUCAGAGAGUUUUCAUUCACUGCUGAUUCACCGAAGAACUGACACAUGAAACCUGGUUGUUUGUGGUACAGUGUUUCUGAGGGACUGAGCUGUAGGCGUUCACCCUGUGCAGUAAAUCAUCCGCUUCAUGAACCCGGUCAGUUGUUUGUAAACUGUAAAUCAAUUCUUUCUGUUCAUGAGACAAAGUAGAAAUAAAUUUGUUCCCACGGUC